AUGUCUAAGCUUCCAGAGGAUUUAACCAUCAAGAUACUUGUGAGGCUACCGGUGAAGUCAAUAUCACGGUUCAGGUGCGUAUGCAAGCAAUGGCUUAAGUUAUUUAGUGAUCAUAAUUUUAUUAAACUGCACUUCGACAUUGCUACCGAAAAUGAAAACUUAAGACUUAUGGUUAGUGGGGAAAACAUGUUUUCUAUGAUGUUAGAUUCAACACUUCACAAGGUAAAUCCCUUACAAGAUAUAUGUCAUAAGGUAAUUGUCGAGAUUGAUUACCCGUUCAAAUCUAGUGAUCAUGACGUGAUGGCCGUAAUGGGUUCUUGCAAUGGGUUGCUUUGCAUAGUUAGUAAUGAACAGACCUUUUGCAUUUGGAACCCAUCAACAGGUAUGUACAAGAAAAUACCAUCAUCAUUCCAUAUUGAAUUACUGUCCCAUUAUCAGCUCAUAUGUGGAUUCAAAUUUGGAUUUGGCUAUGAUUUUCAUAAUAAGGAGUACAAAUUUCUAAUAAUUUUGGAUAUUGGUAAUAAUCAUUCCGUAGCUCAGGUUUAUUCAGAGGGAACGAAUUCAUGGAAACCGAAUCAACUAUUAUCUUAUAGCUUCGCUUUUGGAAAUAUGUCUGGGGUAAUUGUUAGUGAAAAUCUUCACUGGAUAGUUAAGCAUUAUUCCAGAUCAGAAACUCGGAGCCUUGUGCUUUCAUUCAGCAUUAGUGAUGAAUCAUUUCAAGAGCUGCCACUUCCAGAAAAUGUGAAUGAUUCGUUGUACGUAAUGGUUGGUGCAUUGGAUGGCGACCUUUGCAUCACUGAUUAUUGUGCUGGUAUGUUCAGUGUUGAUGUAUGGGUAAUGAAGGAUUACGGAGUGGACGGUUCUUGGAGUAAAUUGUUGGUGAUUCCUUUACCAACAACUAUGCCAUUGCCAUCCAUGGUCGGCGUGAAGCUGUUACAUUCCUUUAAGAAUGGAGAAAUUCUUCUCUGGAGGGAUAACCAUACCUUGCUUUUGUAUCAUCCAAAGUACAACGAGUCUAGAAUUGUGGUGAUCGGUGGCCUUCCUGAUGGACUGUAUGAGAUAAUGACAUUUGCAGGGAGCUUAUAUUCAGUUAACUCGGGUAAAUGUUUGGAGCAAAAUCGAAUUGAAAGUGUAGCUACUGAACAAAGAACCAACCUGGGAAAUAAAAUAAAAAAUUUCUUUACAGGGUUGAUGUCCAUCUUCAAGUGUUUCAGUGGUAUGUGUGUUGGAUAUUUCCAAAAGGAUGCAUUUUUGUAUGCCGCUAUCGAGGGGUCCGAGGGGCGUAACCCCUCCAUGAUGUGA